GCGCCAAAUUCCUAUCGGAACCUUCUCGGCCUCGCUCUCUCUGCUACCGCGUCGGAGCUGAAAAUGGCGGAUGGAAGAGGAGACCGGAAGUUCCCGGCCUUUCCGUUCCAGCCGUACUCCAUCCAAAUUGACUUUAUGAACGCUCUGUAUAGCUCUCUCGACCGAGGCGGCAUCUCCAUGCUCGAGAGCCCCACAGGAACUGGUAAAACAUUAAGCAUAAUUUGCAGUGCGUUGCAGUGGUUGGCUGAUCAGAAAGAGAAGCAGAAAUAUUUGCCGAGCAAUCCCGAUCAAAAUGGGUCAUCGGGCGACCAGCCUAAUUCAGAUGAUGAACCUGAUUGGAUAAGAAAUUUUGUAGUAACCAAAAAUGACAAAGUCGAUGAUAGAAAACCGACAAAGAAGAAAUAUGGAGUAGCGAUAGGCAAAGCUGAGAAGAGAAAGAAUGGGGAAAGUCGCAAGAACUUGUCUUCAAGGAGUGCAGAGGAUAAAGAUAUCCCGACUGCGAGAAAAAUUGACAAUGUGCAAAAGAAUGAUGCUGGAGAGGAGCUAGAUGAAAAGGAAUUUCUGCUGGAGGAGUACCAAAGUGAAGAUGAAGAGAUUGGUGGGGUUGGAAGAUCGAAGAGAAAGGUUGGUGGGGUGUCUGUUAGUUCAUCGAGCGAGGAGGAUGACAAUCAAUCUGACAAUGAGGAUGAGGAAGGGCGUUUGAAGGUUUACUUCUGCAGUCGGACCCAUUCUCAGCUUUCUCAGUUUGUAAAAGAGCUGAAGAAAACUUCUUUUGCUAGUGAUAUGAAGGUUGUGUGUUUGGGCUCCAGGAAGAACUUUUGCAUUAACGAAGAUGUUUUAAAACUCGGGAAUUCCACUAGCAUCAAUGAACGAUGCUUGGAGCUUCAAAAGAACAAGAAAACUGAAGCUUCAAAAGUUAAGAAUUUAUGUACUGGAGGAACAGCAAGGCGGACAAAGGCAACUUCUGGAUGCCCGAUGCUUAGAAAGCACAAGCUACAGAGGCAGUUCAAGGAUCAAUUAUCUCAACAAGGAGCCAUGGAUAUCGAAGAUCUUGUUCAUCUUGGACAUUCAAUAGGAACAUGUCCAUAUUACGGCUCUCGAAGCAUGGCCUCGGUUGCUGAUCUCGUGAUUCUUCCUUACCAAUCUCUUCUGUCAAAAUCUUCGAGAGACUCCCUUGGUCUGAAUUUGAAGAAUAGUGUCGUCAUUAUAGAUGAGGCACACAAUCUAGCUGAUUCACUUAUCAGCAUGUAUGAUGCAAAGAUAACCUCAUCCCAGCUGGAAGAUGUGUAUUUCCAUCUAAAAAGUUAUCUAGAAAAGUUCCAUAAUCUCUUGGGCCAUGGCAAUCGAAGAUAUAUUCAAACAUUGGUCGUCAUUACUCAGGGUUUCCUCCAAACCCUCAAUGAGGACUGUAAAGAUCGUGCAAGUUGUCCAGAAGAUGCAGGGAAGUUCUCCAAUGCAAAACUUCUGAGUGAUUCUUCCAUGGCCAUCAAUGAUUUUUUAUUUGAACUCAAUAUAGACAACAUCAAUUUUCUGAAAUUGCUCAACUAUGUAAAGGAAAGCAACAUCAUCCACAAGGUAAGUGGCUACGGCAGUAAAUUAUCAACCCAACAAACUGAUAACAUGUUGAAUAACAACCGGGCAGUUGGUGAGGAUGAAAGCACCUUGUCCAGUUUCCGAGCAUUAGCAGAUAUGCUGCUUUCCCUUACUUACAAAAAUGGUGAUGGAAGAAUUAUCAUUUCAAGGGCCAGAACAACAGCCUCAGGUCUACAAGGAGGAUAUAUUAAAUAUGUUAUGCUAACGGGCGAGAAGAUAUUUUCUGAGGUUGCAGAUGAAGCUCAUGCUGUUAUACUAGCAGGAGGUACUUUGCAACCUGUUGAAGAAACAAGAGAAAGGCUGUUUCCAUGGUUACCCCUAGAUCAGUUAAAUUUCUUCUCUUGCAAUCAUAUUGUCCCUCGUGAGAGUAUCCUACCUGUUGCGGUUUCCCGUGGUCCUACUGGCCGGUUCGUUGAUUUCAGCUACACCUCAAGGAGUUCACCAGCUGUGAUAGAGGAGCUGGGGCUACUGAUCUGCAAUUUGGUGACUGUAGUUCCCAAAGGGAUUGUUGUGUUCUUCUCUUCAUUUGAUUAUGAAGGACAAAUCUAUAACGCAUGGAAUGCUUCAGGCAUCCUUGAUAGGAUUAAGAAGAAAAAGCGUGUAUUUAGAGAGCCUAGAAAGAGCAAUGAAGUAGAAUUGGUUCUCAAGGAGUAUAAGGAAACUAUCGGUGACCCAUCAUCAAGUAGGGAUCUGAAAAGUUCAACUCUCAAUGGUGCAGUACUCUUAGCUGUAGUUGGUGGAAAGGUAUCGGAAGGAAUCAAUUUCAGCGAUGGGAUGGGCCGGUGCAUCGUUAUGGUAGGAUUGCCUUACCCUAACCCGUCGGACAUUGAACUGGUCGAGAGGAUAAAGCACAUUGAUAGUCUCGGGGACUCGAAUCUGUCAACUCCCAAAUUCUCAGUUAUGGAUGAAAACGAUGGUGGAGAUGCUCAAACUGGAUUUCAGAUCCUCAGAAGUUGUGGACAGAAAGGGAAGGCAUACUAUGAAAACCUUUGCAUGAAAGCUGUGAAUCAAUCAAUCGGUAGAGCAAUUCGUCACAUAGGCGACUAUGCGGCGAUCCUGUUAGUUGACAAGAGGUAUGCUUUGAAUCCCUCAAAGGGGAGCCAUCCUCACCCAACCAACAAACUCCCGAAGUGGAUUAAGGACAGCUUCGUUCCGUCCACUGACAGCUACGGUGAAGUACACAGGCUGUUGCAUCAGUUCUUCAAGUUCAACAAGAAAUAGAGGAUCGCAGGUCUUUCGCACGAUGGACACCGUGUACAGUACUCAAACAGAUUAACUAUGCACGUCAUAUUGCCAAAAGGUUUUUUCUUUUCCAUUUUACGACUCAAACCAAUAUGUUUAUGGGUUCAAUAAUGUGAAGCACCAGCUCUCGUGUAGAAUCUAGCACCGACAGAAAGAUGAAUAAAACCACUUUGGUGCUCUGAAAGGCUUUCAAAACCGUA